CCGAUUCUCGAGCAACGUGUGACGUUCUACAGAGAGCCUUUGCAGCCAGACCACAUCGUUGCCUACGCGCUUUACAGAUGGGCGUCUGGCGAGACAUACRAGAGYAGCACCUGCAGCUUUGGAAUUGGCAGGGCUUCGGGUUUGGUGGCCGUCCGGGACGUUACAGCUGCGCUGCUUUCGGUGUACAGGGAGAAGGUGGUGUGGCCGACUGGGGUGCGGAAGGCGGUUGUUCUGCGUGCUUUUGCGGACAAGGGUUUCCCGAACUGUCAYGGGUGCAUCGAUUGCACCCAUAUCUACAUCGACAAGCCGGCGAACSCGGCUCUAGAAGACUACUACCACCGCAAGAGACGAUUCUCUGUCGUCGCUCAAGUUGUGGUGGAUUUGGACUUGUGCKUCCUYGAUGUGUUYGUGGGUUAUCYGGGGARYUGCCACGGCGUCAGGGUCAUCCAUCUGUCUAGUCUUUGGUCGCGUGCGGCGGCGGGCGAGUUGUUCACAGGGCCUCCUGUGUUGCUGCCRUUCMAAGUGCAGACCAAUGGUUAUCUGCUGGCCGACAAUGGUUACCCGYCRAGCGAAUGGAUGGUUGUCYCCUAUGGCGGCACGACGCAGACUCCGUUCGAGGCCCGUUUCGACAACAAACAGACGACGRCGAGGGGGGCGAUGGAGAGGGUCUUCGGGAGACUGAAGGGAAUGUGGCGGUUGUUCCUUGGGUCGCACAAGACUAACAUGGAGGCCUUGCCGCAGCAGUUCGUGGUCGUCUGCAUCUUGCACAACAUCCUGAUCGACGUCSGGAUCCCUUUCGAUGAGAACUUGCUGUGGGAGGUGGACGCCAACGGAGUUCGCYGUCGAGUGGAUCUUGGGAUCCAGCGCCCCCCCAGGCCUUUGUGCAUGGAAACUUCUACGGGGGAAGUGGUCAUGCUGCGUGAAGCGCGGGCGGAGCGAAUGAUGCAGCAAUGAGAGAUGUCGGCGGCGCGGGGCGGAAGUAGAUGUAAGCUGCGUACGUGGAAGAGCAUUUGACGACGGCAGUAGAAGGAAGCAGCGUGCAGAGGGACGAAGGAGACAGUAGAUUGUGUGAUGCCGUCCAAGUCAUCGUCGUCAUUGUCGGAYGAAGACCGGAGAACGUCUGUGUAGUGUAGUAGUCCCCCUCCAUUGUGUCAUCCAYAUUCARAUUGGUGAYGACCGCUUUUUCUUUUCGUUUUCUUUCGAUCCGUGCUUUCACAUUG